AUGCCCGGCAUGAUCGGCGAACGCCGGUAUACCGGAGAAUCGCCUCGGUAUCCUUCACCAUGGCAACAAGCUCUAUCGGACCCUAGUAUCAACAUCAAGGUCUCGCCCAUUCCUAGUCCGUUGUUGAUGGGGACGAGUAACGCUUCCUCGAGGACCCCUUUGAGGGAACCGAAGGAUGAACCUGAACAAUCGGAUGAAGAGCAACAAGGGGGAAUGUCCCGGAUGUCCCGGUCCUCCAUAUCCAUGUCUUCUACUUCGGCCUCGAGCACAUCAUACAUCUCUGAAUCCAGCACCGAGCCACAUUUACCUUCAUCACCUCCCAGACUCCGUCAUCCGCACUCGCAGCAAUCCCUCAUCCUCUCCCCAUCUCGGAAUGGGAGUACCACCAAGCUCGUCGCCGAGAGGGACAAGACGGGGCACAUAGAGUACAAGUUGAAGUUGGACGCCAAGAUCGGAGGGGCACGGUUCGAGAGGCUCGUGACGCAGCUUCGGUGGAGGCUCACCGAAGGAGGCGGGGAAGCGAUGUACGAACUAGGCAUCCUCGACGACGGUACCUUGGUCGGAAUCCCACCCUCUCUAAUGGAAACAUCCCUGAGGACGCUGGAGCUGAUGGCAGCCGAGCUGGGGGCGACGGUCAUGGUACUCAGGGUCGUCAAGUUGACCAGCCCGCCGGUCAUGAGCGGGAGAUUAGGGAUGGGUGUAGGGGUCGGAAUAAGUGCACGUGAUUUAAGGGAGAAGGACGAGGAUAAAUAUGCGGACAAGGAACUCAGGAAGGACGAGGUACGAGAUGGGGAUGCCGAAGGAUAUGGAGAGCGUCCGUACAAAGCCCCAAGAAGACGUUCAGGCCUGACGCAGUUCCAGCAAGAAAAGCUGAGACGAGCCAACCUCACUGGAAAUCAACGGGGCUCGGCGGUACACAAAAAUAAGACCAAGAAUAAGCAUGGUUUGGGGCCGCGUGGGCAUGAUGGACAGGUCUUGACGGCCAAGCAGAGGAAACGGUUGGAGAAGCGCGAGGUCUAUGACAGUGAUAGUGAGAGCCAGGAGGAUCAGGAUGGACGAGAGGUCGAGUGCCGUGCCGAUGUCGGGAGCAACGCCAACGAUCCUGUCGAUAUGGACGCCGAUGUGCGCAAAGCCGCUUUACCCGUCCGCACGCUGGAAGUCAACGGCCGCAUAUACGGUCCGGAUGAAGACUGGCCCGUCCUUCGACCUGAACACGAACAAUCCGAUUCUCCCACUGCCGCGGCACCCGGCACCCAGCCAGCCUCGUGGAAAGAACGUAACCUCGCUCAAUACGCCUUGGCUUCGACGGCAGAUGGGAAAUGGAAAGCCAAGCGCGAGUAUGGGCAGGCGGAAAAGGAACUGAUCAGAAGGGAGAGAAGGGAGAGGAAGCGAGCGAGGAAGACGGUAGGAAAGAGUGGGAACGGGAAUGAGGGGGAUGGAUGGGGGAUGUUUGAUAUGGACCCUGAGGAGGCGGAGCUGGGCAAGCGGCCCGUCAAUGACGAUAGUGAGGAAGAGAAGGAGGAUCAGGACGAAGGUGGAGAUGAGGAUACUGAAGACGAGGAUCCGAGCGGGUUCUUCUUUCUCGGGGAGCCUGCUUCCGCCUCGAACAACCAUCAACCGCGCAAGCAGAACACGAGACCCUCCUUUAACGAUCAUCCGCCACCCUCUAAAGCGUCCAAGAGCGCCCGCAAGAAGAGACGAGACGAUGAACGCCGGUGUCAGCGUAAAGAGUCUCGCCGGCUGGAUCUCUUGCGCGGCGAUGGGACAGGCGAUCCAUUCGAUACGGACGUACGCGAAUUGAGUGUCGGCGGGUUUGGAUUCGGGGCGGGAAGCGUGGGAAGCAGUGAUGAAGAGACGGGGUUUGACUUGAGGGGUGUCAUUCGGCGGGUGACGGGGGGUGACGAGCAGGGCCAGGACGGGGACGGGCAUGACGCUACAGCUACGGAUCUGGCCGUCUCGCCAUCAAAGACGAUUGGAACGCGAUCUCCUCAGACUGCAUCCGUCUUCGCCUUGCCUUCACAGCCCGCCGUGGAACAUGAUCACGAUCCGGCAGACGAACCCUUGCCCUCCCCGGCCGAUACAAUCACGCUGCCGAUGGACAAUCUCAGUCUCUCAUUCUCACACGCCGAGGUGCGGGAUCAGGAGCGGGAUGACGAUGAUGACGAGGAGCAUGACGACGACGAUGGUGACGAUCUACCGGAAUCGACUCGUCUCUGCGUCGAGGCUCUGGUGGUCAAAAAGUUCGAGCUCGAGGACCGAAUGUACCUGGAUUUCAGUUGUCUAGGUGGUCGAUAG